CUGGAAUGGGUUUUCUUUAAUGCUAGCAACUUGAUAUUUACUUUCCAUUUAAAUUUGAGAUGUUGCUAUAAAUUAUCAACCAGCCUCUUGUUCCCUUUGAGUUUAUAACUAACUACCUGGGUUACUUAUUGUUCAGGUAACAAAAGGGAGGUGAAAACGCCCUUAAAAAGUCACCUCAGAACUAAGAAAAUGGGAAGCUGGAAUGGAGAGAGGACCCCGGCCCCCCUGGGUUGAGUGGAGCUAGGGAGAGGGGCUGUGCUCAGAGGCAAGCAGCAGCAGACAGCCGGAGAGCAAGACUAGGAAGAAGGAAGUAAAGACUGCCUUUGCGAGAAGAAGAAUCUGGAGAUCAAGAUUAGACCUUAGAGAAGAAGGAUAGGAUAGGAAUGCGGAGACAGCUUGCAUCUGAGGAGAAAGGGAAGUUAAAAGCAAAAAAAUAGGCUUGAAGAUGGAAGAGGAGAGCUUGAGCAAAGCAGACCCACUUCCACAGCUCUGACUUGGUCGAGAUUUUGCCAGGAAGGCUAGGCUUGGGGUGAAAUCCUCCUCUCUGACAGUCAAUGACAGUUUUGCCACCAACUUCAGCAGAGUGAAGGUUUCAUCUUACGGUGUUUUAGUCAACGGUGAAGGCUUUGCAGGGGAAACUGUGGAUUUGGGCAAUGGUUCACGUGAGGGCUCAGCUGACCGAAUGCCAUCGCUUGGUCUGUGACGUAGCCUGGAGCCAACAGGAGCUGCUGCACUGGAACUAGAGCCUGGGCCUUGACAGCUCACAGGGUGGUCAGGAUUUCACACAACUGUCCUACCAAGUCAUACCGUACCAAGAUGCCCUGCACUGUUGUACCUCAGAAAACCCUCUCCGCUGGGUCUCAAAACAAAAGGAAGCCACAGGGCUUUGAACCGCUGUGAGCAAAGUGAGCGCUCAGAUACUUCCUGCUCUAUUCCUACCACGAAGUGGGACCUUGACAAGAGGGACAGAAUGACUCGUGCCUGGGAUGCAGGAAGGAAAUCAACACGUAACUGAGGUUUCCAUUGGUGAUAAUGAGGUCCCCCCUCUUCCCGCCUGAGCCAGAGCUCACGUCUAAGAUCAGAGAUUCCACAUUCGAGCCCUUUCUCCUUUGUAUAGGGAUUUGUGCAACAGAUCCAGGGUACAAAUGCCGGCUAGACCGCUAUCACAAAUACGAAGGGAGGAGAUUGGUCCUUGGCUUGGACAGCAGGAGAACAAACCACUGAGGAAGGAAAAGCUUCCAUGAGUUCAGCCCAAUCUGAGGCUUUUGGAAGGCAAAGACGGUUAAGGGAAGAAGCUACAAAACUGAGGCCUCUGGAACUGACCCAUCAUAACAGGAACAAACGGUGCUAUUUUAAGAAAACAGAUCUUUCAGGAAGCUGUAGCUGGCAGUGCUCCUGUCAUACUUUAACUGCAGCAGAGCUUGCUCCUUGGACCGUCCAGCCACUGCGAAAGAGACUGCGAGGGGAACAGAGAUAAGGGUGUUUGCACUGAGGGAACAGAUGUGGACUUUGUUCUCCUUAUCACUGUGCAGCCUCUGGCAACCUACUGAGUCAACAAAGCGCUGAACGCUACAGUUGUGACCUGUUGAUCAGACCUGUGUGUUCCUGCAAUAGUUUUUCCAUAAUCCUCCUAGGUACUUUUUCUUUUUUUUUUUUCCUCUCCCCGUUGCUCCUUUGAUGCUGGAGUUGGAAAUGACAUCAGGGUAUUUCUGCAGCCCGCAGACCGUUUCCACUCCCCUCUGUUCCACCGGACGUUUCCCGUACAAGAUCAGAGAGGAUGCUCUGUCAAAACGGACCAGAAACCGGGGCUUUUCUGUAGAGAGGCACCUGCACCGGCUGGUUCUACACUGCCUCGUUUCGCACCUUCCUAUUUUUACUAUGAUUUUCAGCUUUGGUGAAAUCAAUACACACAGCAAAGAAAUCAUGGUCACAAAGUCUAUGUUUUCUCUCUACCUUCCUUGGAAACCUUCAUGGAUAUUGUAGUCAUCAGAGAUCUUAACAAUCAGAGAUUCACAUCCAUUAUGAAAUCCCAAAUCAAAUCGGCUUCCGGAGUUUUGUGAGUAGGUCUCGGACAGGUCUGUUCCCUGAGCUAUUACCUUGAAGAAGGGUGGUGAUCAGAGGAACCCGUGUUUUGCCUGUUGCUUUCCAUUGGCUUUAGAUGUCUGAGUAGAUCUGGAAGUGAAUCAGCAGGUGUUACGAGUAACACACAGCAGAUGUGCAAGGACAUGAUCCUGGAUGGCUUGGGAUACACAUACGUGUCAUGUGUAGCAGUACGAUGAAAGCUGGUCUUUGUUUUCCUAGUCAUUGCAAGGUAACUCAACCUUGACCAGAUCAGGGCAUGAGCUGGGUUCAGGCUGUCCAGUAUCACAGGGAAUUUGUCUCAGGAAAAUGAAGUUCACCUACGCCGAGUACCCAGGCCUAAAAGAAAGGGGGAUAGGGAGGAAAAGAGAGGAUCCCUGGCGGGUGGCAAAGGUGGUGAAAUCCUACCUCCAACAGCACAACAUCCCUCAGCGCGAGGUGGUGGACACGACUGGCCUGAACCAGUCUCACCUCUCACAACACCUCAACAAGGGCACUCCCAUGAAGACCCAGAAAAGGGCGGCCCUCUACACCUGGUACGUCCGCAAGCAGCGAGAGGUGGCCCAGCAAUUCACGCACGCUGGCCAGGGCAUCUUGACGGAGGAGCCCAUGGGAGAAGACCUGCCCACCAAGAAGGGAAGAAGAAACCGCUUCAAGUGGGGUCCUGCCUCACAACAGAUCCUGUUCCAAGCCUACGAGAGACAGAAAAACCCCAGCAAAGAGGAGAGAGAGUCACUGGUGGAGGAGUGCAACAGAGCAGAGUGUAUUCAGAGAGGCGUCUCCCCAUCCCAGGCCCAGGGGCUGGGCUCCAACCUGGUGACGGAGGUGAGAGUUUACAACUGGUUUGCCAACCGCAGGAAGGAGGAGGCUUUCCGGCACAAGCUGGCCAUGGACACCUUCAGCGGGCCCCAGCCCACCUCUGCUCCCCCUCUGACUCCCCACAACUCCUCCUCCCUCCAGCCGCCGUCUGCUCUUUCACCCAGCAAAGUCCACGGAGUGAGGUACAACCAGCAGCCAGCCACCGAGGCAGAGUCCCCCAGCAGCAGCCACCACGGGAACAGCUCCAUGGUGACCACCCAAACCAUCCUGCACCAGGUUUCUCCCCCUGGACUGGAGCCCAGCCAGAACCUCCUGAGCACAGAUACCAAGCUGAUCUCGGCGCCCGGAGGAACCCUCCCGCCCGUCAGCACCCUGACGGCCUUGCACAGCCUGGAGCAAAACCCGCACGCGCUGAGCCAGCAGACGCAGAACCUCAUCAUGGCAUCGCUGCCCGGCGUGAUGGCCAUCGGCGCCGGCGAGACCUCCUCCCUCACGCCGGCCUUCACCAACACCGGGGCCUCCACGCUGGUGAUAGGCCUGGCCUCGACGCAGCCCCAGAGCGUACCGGUGAUCAACAGCAUGGGGAGCAGCCUCACCACCCUGCAGCCCGUCCAGUUCUCCCAGCAGCUGCACCCGUCCUACCAGCAGCCCCUCAUGCAGCAGGUGCAGAGCCACAUCAACCAGAGCCCCUUCAUGGCCACCAUGGCCCAGAUACAGAGCCCUCACGCUCUCUACGGCCCCAAGUCUGAAGUGGCCCAAUACACACAUACAGGCCUCUUGCCACAAACCAUGGUGAUAACAGAUACUGCCAAUCUCAGCGCCCUGACUAACCUGACACCAACUAAACAGGCCUUCACACCUGACUCAGAGACCCACACAGAGUCUGGGAUCCACACGCCAGUGUCGCAGGCGCCGACGAUACAUUUACAGAACCAGGACACGACCAUCCAGCACCUGCAGCCAGGCCCUCGCCUCACCUCCAGCCCUGCUGUGUCCUCCAGCAGCCUCGUGCUGUACCAGAGCUCCGACUCCACCAACAGCCACAGUCAGCUGCUGCCGUCCACUCACAACGUCAUCGAGACCUUCAUCUCCACGCAGAUGGCAUCUUCCACUCAGUAACCACGGCAACCAGCUCGAGGGCGACCGCUGCGACCCAGCUGUCAGGAGCGACUCCAACCGCGCCUGCCGUCGCCGUCACCGCUGCCUUCAGCGGGCAGGGAAGGCUGCCGCGCCCAGCGGCCCCCACCGCCUCGUACGAACCCCUCGCUCAGCUGCCUCCGCGGGACAGGACGUCCCCGGCACAGGGCAGGAGCCACACAAAGACAACGCCGGCACUGCUAGAAUCCACUGCCACCCGCCACGUCCCCCCAACACCGAACCCCUGCAGCCAGCCCAGGCAGACCAGAAAUCCUCGGGGCUGCUAAACAAGGAAUCCCAUCAAGACGGGACCCGCGGCCUGGCGUUUCUGCCGUAUUGCAGUCGGACGGGAUUUUCGUUCUGCUCAGCCGCUUGGUCAGGCCGGGCCUGCACAAACCUGCCAACGCCAGCUAAACCGCGCGGGAAAGAGCCGAGCCGAGCCGCCACCGACCCGACACCGUCUUCAGCACACUCACCUCCUCUGCCGUAACGCAGCACCAACGGCAACUCUGAGAAAUAAUAUUUUCUUGGAGGCAAGAGGAGGAGAACCUGGCUCCCGGCUUUGCAACUAAACCCACGGAGCAGCAGAUUCAGGAACGGCUUGGCGCAACCCCGUCAGCACGGGAUCAUUGACUACAAGCUACAGUUCCAUUACUUAACUAAAAUACCCCCAAACCGAAAACCCAAACGUUUCCAACUUGUCAGUUCAAAAUGACCUGCUUUAAAAAUCAUGCUAUCCUAGUGGAAAUGGCUUGGUUAUUUUUGAUAUAGCUCUGCUUUGUUUUAAAUGCAGAAAUUAAAAUUUAAAAGCAGUACGGAAA